AUGUGUUCUGCCUCUCUCUGCGUCAUGUUACCAAUCAGCUACUUCUUCAUCGGAUCGCAGGGUCUUGGCAGGAACAAUAAUGAUAUCAUGCAGGGAGUUUAUAAGGCGCUGGUAGUAUGUGCUUCAAUCUGUUGUUAUCUCAUGUUUGGUGGACGUUGUGUUGACUUUAGUAUCGCCAUC